AUGCCCGCUUUAUUGCGCAAAUUGGCCAUUGUCGCCGCGGUCGAUGGUCUAGUUCUGUAUGCGCCGGCCAACGGACCGCGGAAUAAUAGCGGAAGCAACAAUGAGGCUUCCUCUAUUCGCAUCGACUACAAGACGAACAAAAUUACAGCGUUGCCCACUUUCGCCUCGGAACCACUGGACGGGAAGGAUGCUUUGGAGGCCUAUGGUCUAGUGGGUCUCUUGUCUGUCGCUUCAUACUCGUUCCUUAUUUCCAUCACGCAGCGCCAGCAGGUAGCGCAGGUUGAAGGCCGUCCGAUUUACACCGUAAGCAACGUUGCGAUUAUUCCAAUCUCGUCCCAAACCGACGCGGCCCGCGCUAUUCUCCAAGCCAAGAAGGAGUGUUCGCAAGAGGAGAUCACCAUCGAAUCGUCUUCCGAUGAAGAUGACCUCCCCGACAACGAAACUGAUAGAGCCGAGGCAGAGGCGGAGAUCCAUAGCCUACCGGCUUCGCCCACACGUGAUACUCCGCAUGGCCGCGGUAGUAAUGUCAGCAGUAUUGCUGAAGAUGUCAUUGGGAAAAAAGUCCGCUUCGGACGAUUUGCGGCCAAUUGGCUGUCGCGCAAAAACCUGGGCCUGCCGAGGCCGGGUGCAUUGGAGCAGGAUACACCGGAGUCUCCCUUCGAUGAAACACCGAACCCUUUGGACGAUUUGAAUGAGGAACAGCCUAAGGCUGUGAAAGAAAGCUUGCCUGAAGAGCCUUUGGCUGAAAUCGAGGCUGAUCGGCCCAAUUAUGGCCAAGCUGCGGACUUACUCCCGAAGCUGCUUCGGUAUACGAAGCUUUUGUUUGCGUCGCAUAACUUUUUCUUUGCAUAUGAUUAUGAUCUUACGCGCUCAUUAUAUACACAGGAAGCAUGGAAAGACCAGCUUCCCCUCCAUAAAGUUGUGGAUCCAUUGUACUUUUGGAAUAAACAUUUGAUGAACAAAUUCAUUGAUCAUGGCGCUCACGGCUUUGUUCUACCUUUGAUCCAAGGCUUUGUCGGCCAACGGGAAUUCACAAUUGCUGGUGCUGCAAAGAAACAGUCCUCGAAGGGCUCAGAGGAUCUCUCUGAAGGUCGAAUCCUCGGCGAAAAGCACGAGGCCAAGGCUGUUGAGGCUGAUGCCACAAAGCGUGAUUAUCUUUUGACUCUGAUCUCUCGGCGGUCUGUCAAUCGGCCAGGUCUCCGAUACUUGCGCCGUGGUGUCGAUGAUGAUGGCAACACAGCAAACACGGUUGAAACAGAACAGAUUCUCUCUGUUCCGGACUGGGCUUCUUCUCAUCCUGCCUACUCUUACUUGCAGGUCCGGGGCUCCAUUCCCCUUUAUUUCUCCCAGUCCCCAUAUGCCCUGAAGCCAGUUCCAGUGCUCCAUCACUCCGCAGACACGAAUUUACUUGCCUUCAGCAGACACUUCCGAGAGUUCAGUCGACGAUAUGGAAAAGUUCAGGCUGUAUCUCUCAUUGACAAAUUGGCUGGCGAACUGAAGCUAGGUGAACAGUAUGAACGAUAUACCGAAUCAUUCAAUGCUUCCGGUGGCAUUGAUGGCGCCCCAUUGCAAUUGGAGUGGUUUGAUUUCCAUAGCGAGUGCAGAGGCAUGAAAUUCGAAAAUGUAUCUCGCCUGGUUGACCGACUCAAGGAUACCCUAAAUGAGUUCUGCUACACCAUUGUUGCGGAUAAGAAUAUCCUGCAGACCCAAAAGGGAAUCAUCAGAACUAAUUGUAUGGAUUGCCUUGACCGGACAGGUGUUGCCCAGUGUGCAUUUGGCCAAUGGGCCCUUGAGCGUCAACUUGAGAAUGAAGGUAUUGACAUUGAUCUCGGCGGUGAUUCUUCCACUCAAUGGUUCAAUACUCUUUGGGCGGAUAACGGUGAUGCAAUCUCAAAACAGUAUUCAUCAACUGCAGCUUUGAAGGGAGAUUAUACUCGCACACGCAAACGAGAUUAUCGCGGUGCUCUCAACGAUUUUGGAUUGACACUAUCCCGCUACUAUAAUAAUAUCGUCAAUGACUUCUUCUCCCAAGCCUGCAUCGACUACCUGCUGGGUAAUGUUUCGAUUCAGGUCUUUGAUGAGUUCGCCGUCCAGCUUCAAACCACUGAUCCUGGUAUCUCGGUUCAAAAGCUUCGUCAGAACGCCAUUGAUACAAGUUGCAAUAUCGUCAUCAGUAGUCCCUCUGAAGAAUUCCUCGGUGGCUGGACCAUGCUGACACCACGUCAACCAAACACCCUUCGUACCUUGCCGUUCGAGGAAUCGGUCCUUCUCUUGACCGACGCUGCAGUGUAUAGUUGUCGCUUUGACUGGGAGACUGACAAGGUCCUUUCCUUUGAGCGCAUUGACCUACGCUCCGUCUCCCGCAUCCACUAUGGUACAUACAUCACAUCAAUCUUAACAGAUAGUCAAGCCAACGAGGCAAGCAACGUCGGCCUUGUCAUUGUCUAUCGUGACGGGGACAUCAAUACUCUUCGUGUGAACACCCGAUCCCUGCAGAGUGAUGUUGAUCUGAACACACUAGAGACCACCGCCAGUGCCAACAGUGAGUGGGACCUCGUUUCCUGGCUCCGUGGCAGUAAGCGUGCUACGACCCGCUUUGUUGCAUUCAAGAGUCUACCGCUGUCGAAUUCGGUGGCCAGCCCGAGACUUGGUGCCACCGGAGGGACUGUUCGGGAGAUGGAUCGGGUUCGCUCCAUCUGUUUGGAUAUCGAGCGCGCCAUGUUUGCAGGGCAGGGACGCAACACCGAGGCGUCUUCUGCGGUUGAACAAUCUGACAUUAUAUCUUUGGCCGACGCUAAGAAACGAACGGGUUGGUUGGAGUACCUUGUUUAUGAUCUUAAGAAGAUGGUUUGGGCAUGA